AAACAAUAUUUGUGAAUAACACAUCACUACUCUGUGGAGCUUCUUGAUAUUGUGAGUGUCUAAAGUGUGUGUUAUUAAUAUAUAAAAAUCAUUUAAAUAUUCUUAUGAAAUAUAUUAAUGAUAAGACAUAGUUUAGUCGUUUUACUGAAGUGAAUGUAAUUAAAUUCAAUUCGGAAGUAAGAGCAUCAAUCUGAGCAGUUUAAUCAACAACGGUCAACGAAUUCAAUAAGCCUGGGAACUGGAAAAAUCAUUGGGAUGAGUUGCUGAAAUUUACACAUCCGAGUUCAAUAACGCCCCCGGUUUCGUUUGUUUUUGAGAAUCUCCUUAAAGAAAAUAAUAAGAAUAAAAUGGAAUUAUAUGCAUAUCAGAUUGCUAUAUUUGUUGUAUUAUAUUUGUUUGUAUCUGAAACGACUUCAUUGUGUUGUCAUUUACCUUAUAUGCAGUCAUUACCAUGUGGGAUUGAAUCUAAAUCUGUAGCAGAAAUAAAAUUGCUGGCACCUACUGACGAAAGAAGAGAUGUUGGAAUGCCAUCGUCAGUGGACAUAAUCACGGACUUGGCUUCUGGAUUAUGUUCCUAUUCUCUGUGUGCACCAGGUUAUAUUAAAAAGAAAGGGGUAUAUUGCGCGACUGGCUCUUGUAAUGUAUUUGGUUGUAACUGUGACGGAGAAUGCAUCAAUGAGAAUUAUGUAGACGGUAAUCUGCAACGGUUGCGGCGAGAGAGUGAUAAUAUAAAUUUGACUUAUGAACAUUUAUCAAGAGCUAGUAGAUCAACUAUAUACCUAGUUGAUAAGACACGAAAAAGAAAUACUAUUUAUACUGAUGAAAAAUUAGACUCACAUACGCCUACAACAAAUUCCAUGACUAGCCAGGUUCAUCAAUAAGGUACGAUCACGAUAAACAUAAGAAUUUGUUUGACUACAACGGUAACCCGUUGCAAACCCUUAAACCAACUUAACAGCACACAGCAAAGUGCGUCUGCACAAAGCACAAUUUAUGAACUUAACCAAUAGCAACAAUGGUAACGCUACGGAAACAAUACAGACAUUGCGUAAUUCAAUUAAUGAUGCAUGAUGGCUGAACCGGAAAAAAAAUAUAAAUAUAUUAUAUAAAUCUUAUGUGAAAUUUCGGGAAAUUAUAGCCACUAAUAGUACUUGUAAUUUGAUAAAAUAAAUUUUAGUUUUUUUUUAAUUAAUUAAAUUUAAUGAAUUAGUUUGUUCUAUUAUUUUUCACUUUUCUUAAUUUAAUUUACAGCAUUUUCGAGUUAACACUAAAUAAUCUAUGAAAAAAAAAAAUAGUAAAUGUGUUUUUUUAUUAUUAAAUUGUUUAAAAAUUAUUGAUUAAGUGUAUUCGAGUUAUGUUAGUAGAAUUGUUUAUUUUUUUUUAAAUUGAUAUAACCAUAGAAUGUAUAAUUCUAUAUUAUUAUUAAUAAUGUGAUCCAUUGUCUUGCCAGUCUUGUAUACAGAAAGCGGAAAAAUUAUUUUUCCGCUUUCUAAUAGAUAAACAAUAUUCAAUCAAGCCUCCAAGUUCUAGGACAUAGAUCAAAUGGUAAAUACAAAAAUUAUUUCAAAUUAAUAAUUUCACAAAUUAUCAGAAUAAAAUAUCUAUAUUAUUUCACCAUA